AUGGCUUCCCUUGCAAACCCCGUUUACGACGACGGAAAGACCACACCCAACCGCGACCACAACCAGGAGAGAGAGCCAGAACUCUGUGUCAUACCCGGAAAACAGCAGCAACAGCAGCAGAAUUGGAAUACGAUUGCCCCGUCAACAGCCCAAUUUCGAGCUGAAAAGCCCACAACAUCGCUCCUCUUUGUCCACCAUUGUGUUGCAGCUGCGAGUCCUAUUGAUCUCAUCGCAGCAGCCUCAUCUCCUAAAGUUGACCAGUUCUACAAUUCGUCCUACCUGUCACGGCGCGCCGUUUUAGGAGAUGACUUCCCUGGGAUUGACCACUCUCACGGGGGUCGUCAGUCACACGAACAUACUUUGACCGAGAACGAUGUUAAAGUUCUUGAACUUUACAAGGCUUUCGAACUUCCAUCAAUUCCCAUCCGUCAAGCACUUUCUGAAAUCUUCUAUGAGAAGUGCUGGACUUGGAUGCCAGUGGUGGACGAUGGAAUGGCCUCCGGAGACACGUCUUUGAGGGAGAUCUCGUUGCUGGUUCUGCAAGCCGUUCUGCUUGCUGCUACCUCAACUAAGCCUGAAUGUGAUAUGACGCUGCCAGCCCAUCCACAGUAUCGCCGCAUCAAAGCAAUAAUCGACACAGGUGCUGAACGAAACCCGCUUAAUUUACUUGUGGCGUUGUGUUUGAUGCAAUUCUAUGCACCAGCCGCGCCAAAUGACAUCUCCACCGACCACCCAAGAUUCUGGGGCAGCUACGCUCUUGGUUUGGCCCAACAGAUGGGCCUUAAUAUAAAGUCAACCAAACGCAGCAGCCAGGAAGGACUUAGACGAAGGGUUUGGUGGACUUUAUAUGCAAGGGAUAGUAUCAUGUCAUCUGCACAUGGACGCCCUCGGAUCGUCAACCCGGCAGACUGCAGCAUUGAGCCGCCGUCGAUAUACGACUUUCCAGAUCCUAGUGAUAUUCGCGCGCAGAUUUUUGUUUCCUAUGUCUCUAUCACAGGCAUCAUGUGUGAUUUAUGCCAGUUGCUUACUCGCCAGAACGAUCCUCCAUCCGUGGAAAAGAACGAAGUGGGCCUCCGGCUUUUGGACUGGGUGCGAUCGUUACCCCCCGCCCUCCUACUUGUUCAACCAACCGGAAUCCCAAGACCCUACUCGUUCGACUUGGCUCAGUUACAUGUACACUUACUGACGACGAUUAUUAUCCUUUAUCGACCACAAUCAAUCUUUUGUGUCCAAUCAGCCAGCUCGCCAGCUAUUGUGGCAUCGAACCUCAGCUUUCGUAUUUUUGAAGCAAUGGAACUUCGAGGGCACACCUGCUCUCUUAGCUCUGGCUUCGCGUGGCAUUUGCUCGUCACGGCUAUCCCGCAGCUUUCUUGCCUCGGGAUUCCAUCGUUGCGGGAAGAAUGCAAGAGCAACCUUGACACGCUCGAGGGUUGUUUCCGAACACUUGCGUCGACCAGGCCGUCUGCAGCGAACAACUUGCGUAACAUCCAAGAGAUCCGCGGAGCGCUGGAAUCCAAAGAGCCGCUUCCGAAGGCACGGCUCAGCGCUAACGCAUCAGUGGAUGUUUUCUCUUUUUGCCCUCUUGACCUCUUCGGUCCCUAUGGAGUGGAUGUCCCGACAAAUUACGACCGUAUUACCGCAGCGCUUGAAUGCUCGGUAGAUAGGACGCUUCGGGCCGCCCAGAAUAUUGAAAAUGUGCAUCAUGGGAAUGAAAAUAUGCCACAGAUGUUUUAUGCUCAAACGCAAUCGUCUACGACCACGCGAAACAACAUAGGUGACCAACCCAUGCUAGAGGGCACUCCAGAUUUUGAAUUUCUUGGUAGUAAUUUCCCUGAAGAUGGGUGGAUGCGAAACUGGGUUAACGAGCUGCAUCUCUUUUGUGAAUAA